UUGCCUGGGACCUGACUAGUCGGGCGCCAAGCGCGGGCCGGAGCGGCCUUCCCGGAAUCCUUUGCGCAGCACCUGGUGACAAAAUGGCUGCCCGAGGGAGACGGGCGGAGCCUCCAGGCCGGGAGGCGCCGGGCCCCGCGGCGGCCAGCGGCGGCGGGAGCCGAUGGGCCGAGUCGGGGCCUGGGACAUCGCCCGAGAGCGGGGACGAGGAAAUGUCGGGCCAGGUGUCGGGCGGCGUGAACUUGUUCGCCAACGACGGCAGCUUCCUCGAACUGUUCAAGCGGAAGAUGGAGGAGGAGCAGCGGCAGCGGCAGGAGGAGCCGCCUCCGGGCCCGCCGCGAUCCGAUCAGCCAGCUACCGCCGCCGCCGGGGGUCCCGGGGAUCCGAAGAGGAAGGGCCCGGGCCCCACGCUCAGCUUCGUGGGCAAGCGCAGAGGCGGGAACAAACUAGCCCUCAAGACGGGAAUAGUAGCCAAGAAGCAGAAGACGGAGGAUGAGGUAUUAACAAGUAAAGGUGAUGCAUGGGCCAAGUACAUGGCAGAAGUGAAAAAGUACAAAGCCCACCAGUGCGGCGAUGAUGAUAAAACUCGGCCCCUGGUGAAAUGACCCCCUUCCCCCGUCUGCCCACGGCCUGGGACUCUCUGCGAUGUACAUAACUAUUUAAUGCGGCAGCGGCGGCGGCGGCAGCCUUUCCCCCCAAGGACUUAAACACAGAAGGAAACCAAGAUGCUUCCCGCAGCCGCGGAAGAUCCUCCAGGACUCUUUUUUACCUUGAGCACUUGCCUCCUGAGACUUCAUAGAACAGUGGUUUACUGUCCCCUCUCUUCCCACCUCUUUGCUCUCUCUGGCUCUUUCUGUCUUCCUUUUCUCACCCUCCCCUUCCUCCCCUUAGCCAUCACUUCUGGGAAGUAAAGAACUUGACUUAGUGCCGGA